UCGGAGGAACCAAUCCACCCGUUCCAUUUUGAUUACGGUUCUGUAUUCAAAUACUAGAAUCUGAGAUGUCGAGCGCGAGCGCUCUACCAUCUCAUUUGCAGUUCAGCUGCUUCUGCUCUAACACCGUGGAUUUCAAUAGAAAACCACGAACUUCUUCUAUGAAAGUCUACGGUGGUAGAGUUAGUUUCCGGAUUUCUGAGAGUCUCCGCCAUAAAAGCUUUGGUCGUGUAGUUUGCUUUGCUGUUGAGGAUGUGAAAACACAGCGGGAUUCGCUGUUGGGUGGUGUUGGCUCGGCUGUUCAAGAGAAGCCAGAUCUGACAGAUACUUGGAGAGAAAAUAGCAUACUAAAUGAAAACCAAGACAAUGAAGAAAGUGCUCUUUAUAAUUUUCUUUAUCCUAGUAAAGAGCUCCUCCCAGAUGAUAUGGAGAUGAGUAUAUUUGAUCAUCUAGAGGAGCUACGCCAGAGAAUUUUUGUGUCAGUUUUGGCGGUUGGAGCUAUUAUCUUGGGAUGCUUUGCAUUUUCUAAAGAAUUGAUAUUGCUUCUUGAAGCUCCUGUUAAAUCUCAGGGGGUUCGGUUUCUACAGCUAGCUCCUGGAGAGUUUUUCUUUACAACUUUGAAGGUAUCUGGAUACUUUGGUCUUCUUUUGGGAAGCCCUAUCAUUCUCUAUGAGAUCAUAGCAUUUGUUCUUCCAGGUCUAACAAGUUCCGAGAGAAGAUUCCUAGGGCCUAUUGUUCUAGGUUCAUCGAUACUUUUCUAUGCUGGUAUCAUCUUCUCCUACUUGGUGCUCACUCCAGCAGCCUUGAAUUUCUUUGUUAACUACGCCAAAGGAGCAGUAGAGUCCCUGUGGUCCAUUGAUCAGUAUUUUGAGUUUGUGCUUGUUCUCAUGUUCAGCACAGGUUUGUCUUUCCAGGUUCCUGUUAUUCAACUGCUUCUAGGACAAGUUGGUUUAGUGUCAGGACACCAAAUGCUGUCUGUUUGGAGAUAUGUUGUGGUUGGGGCUGUUGUGGCUGCUGCUGUGCUUACACCAUCAACUGACCCUCUAACACAAGUGCUGUUGGCAGGGCCACUGCUGAGUCUGUACUUGGGAGGUGCAUGGAUGGUAAAGCUAAUUGGGCAUUAGUUGCUCAAUUGUGGCAUUAUGCAAUAUUGAUUUUAGUUGGCAAAUACCUGGAAAACAUCGACUGCUCAUCAAUCCACCCAAGAUGUUGUAUGUUAAAAUUCCCAGGAAAAAAGUCAAUACCAUCUUCUCUUCCCCAUUUUGUAACAACUCCCACCUGUCCACUAUCAUAUUCAAAAUUUCAUAUUGUAUUUUUCUAUGCCUCGGUGACCGCAAAAUGACUGUGUAAAUGAAAUCUUCAAGUUGUAAUAUUCAAAUGUAUCUAAUCAAGAAUAUAAAUUCUUCAAUCUAGU